AUGGUUUUCGAUAAUACAGAGUCUGCCCCAUUAUUGGGAAGUACUUUCACCACGGAUAACUCGUUCAAGUCUAAAUGGAACAACUUCAAAAGGCAAGCAGUAAGAAACAAAUUACAUGUGUAUGUACCGAUUGGAAUCAUCAGUGUAAUACUAUUUAGCUUGAUUGCUAUUUUUUUUACUCAUGUUAAACCCAACUUAGGGGUCGGCGUUGCAGAGGGCACGGUUUUUGAUACAGAUAAUCUGAGGUUACUAGGACUGGGCGAUUCCGGUGGAAUUGAUCUACAAAUAAGCGGUACCAAUACUAAUAACUAUACAAACAUUGACGACAGCUGGAUCAGAAACUACUUCAAGGCGGGUGGCUUUACUUUGAGAGGUUUGAACUUGAAGAUUGAUGAUCUAGACCUGAUUGUUCACGAAGGUGAUGAGAAAUUAAACUUAGGGAAGGCUGCUAUUAAACCGUUUUAUGUUAAAAUUGCAAACAAUAAAAGCACGCCAAUGGAUCUUUUUAUUACCUUGUACCCGAAUGGUAAAGGGGUGAAAUCAAUACUAAAGAGGGUUUUAUUGGAAAAAGAUCCAAAGUUAAGAUUAACCGGUGACGCUAACGUAAAGGUAUAUAUACUGGGUGGAUUCCUUCCUGUUAGCAGCAUAAGCGUGCCGCUAGACGUUGAGUUUUAG